CCCGGGUCAAUAUCGGACCCAAGUACACCUUUCUGGGGUCCGCUACCCCGCCCAAAAUGGAUCGCGACAAGCUUAUGAAGAUGGCCGGUGCCGUGCGCACCGGUGGCAAGGGCUCCGUCAGGAGAAAGAAGAAGGCUGUGCACAAGACGACAUCCACUGACGAUAAGCGGUUGCAAAACACCCUUAAGCGCCUGGGCGUGAACACUAUCCCGGGCAUUGAGGAGGUGAACAUCUUCAAGGACGACACCGUCAUCCACUUUGUUAACCCCAAGGUGCAAGCCUCCAUUGCCGCCAAUACCUAUGUUAUCAGCGGUCCGUCACAGCAAAAGAAAAUCCAAGAGUUGCUGCCUGGAAUUCUGAACCAGAUGGGGCCAGACAGCCUGGUGCAUCUGAAGAAGAUGAUGCAGCAGCUGGGUGCUGUGGGUGGCCUUCCCGGCGGCCUUGGGGCCCUUGGAGGCCUUGGAGGCCUUGCCAGCAUGGGGGCUCCGGCAGCUGGCGGUGCCGCGGCUGGUGGCGACGACGACGACGUGCCGGACCUUGUGGAGAACUUCGACACCGCCGCAUAAUGGCCGGGACACCGCGUUUGGUGCGGAUGGCUUGCCGCUAUGUCGGUGUGAUGUUUGGCUGGUUUUUGAAACCACGCAGGACAGUGAGCGGGUCGUCGAUAGGGGCAGCAGCGGUGCAGGACCUGUCACACGGCAAUGCAUUCCGCGACAAUGUCGCUGUAGCAGGGCUUGUGCCAAGCUGUUGUGCGGGACAGAGCAAAAAUGUUUUGGUUGGUGGGUUGAAACUAAGGCAGGCCGUAAAUGGCCGGAUGCCAGGCCGGGUAGUCAGGUUGGGUAUCGCUGUGUAAGUUUCAAAUCCCUUGUUUAUUUUGCGGCCGC